UUCCACACGCUGUGACAACGUCUUUGAUGCACAGAAAGACUUCUCUCAACUAAGCAGACGAUUGUACUUCCAAAACUAUUGCCUCUGCAUUUACACUUUGUACGGAAACUGGCUGUAUCGAAGAGCAUUGCAAGGGUCAUACCAGGGGUCAUACCAGGGGUCAUAUCAGGGGUCAUGGGGUUCUUCGGGUGCGUUGCGCGGAGGGCAGGCCUGCGGUGGUCUCCUGGGGUCUCUCCUCUGGUCCGGACCAGCGCUCGCUGCUACAGCUCGGAGCCCACCAAGGAAAAAAACGUCCCAUACGAGAAGACCCUCAAAGAGCAGGGCGGGGCCUCGGCCGGCCCCACCAAACCACUUCCCAGGUCAGCUGAUGCGGUGGUGAUCGGAGGGGGCAGUCUGGGCUGCCAGACCAUCUACCACCUGGCUAAGAUGGGCAUGACCAACGUGGUUCUGCUGGAGCGGGACCGGCUGACCGCCGGCACCACCUGGCACACUGCAGGCCUGUUGUGGCAGCUAAGGCCCAGUGACGUGGAAGUAGAGCUCCUGGCUCACACCAGGAACGUGAUCUCGAAAGACCUGGAAGAGGAGACUGGCCUGCACACUGGCUGGAUCCAAAAUGGCGGCCUGUUCAUUGCCUCCAACAAGCAGCGGCUGGACGAAUACAAGAGGCUGAUGUCGCUCGGCAAGGUGUACGGUAUCGAGUCCUACGUGCUGUCGCCCGCGGAGACCAAGGACCUGUACCCGCUGAUGAACGUGGACGACCUGUACGGGACGCUCUACGUGCCCAAGGACGGCACCAUGGACCCGGCCGGGACCUGCACCACGCUGACCCGGGCCGCCUCGGCCCGCGGCGCCACGGUGAUCGAGAACUGCCCGGUGACGGGCAUCACGGUGCGAGAGGACGAGACGGGGGUGAGGAGGGUGAGGGCGGUGGAGACGGAGCACGGCACCAUCGAGACGGCCUGCGUGGUCAACUGUGCGGGUGUCUGGGCCACCAAACUGGGGGACAUGGCCGGGGUCAAGGUGCCUCUGAUCGCCAUGCAUCACGCAUACGUGGUGACGGAGAGGAUAGAGGGCAUCCAGAACAUGCCCAACGUCCGGGACCACGAUGCCUCCGUGUAUCUCCGUCUCCAGGGCGAUGCCCUCUCCGUGGGCGGCUAUGAGCAGAACCCGAUCUUUUGGGACAAGGUGUCUGACAAGUUUGCCUUCAGCCUCUUCGACCUGGACUGGGAUGUGUUUUCGGCGAAUAUAGAAGGAGCCAUGAACAGAGUCCCAGCCCUGGAGCAGACUGGCAUCAAGUCAACCGUCUGUGGCCCAGAGUCCUUCACAGCGGAUCAUAAGCCUCUGAUGGGGGAAGCUCCGGAGGUCAGGGGAUUCUUCCUGGGCUGUGGCUUCAACAGCGCCGGCAUGAUGCUGGGGGGCGGCUGCGGCAGAGAGCUGGCCCACUGGAUCAUCCACGGCCGUCCCGAGAAGGACAUGUACGGCUACGACAUCAGGCGCUUCCAUAACUCACUGACGGGCAACAACCAGUGGAUCCGAGAGCGGAGCCACGAGUCAUACGCCAAGAACUACUCUGUGGUGUUCCCCUUUGAUGAGCCGCUGGCCAGCAGGAACAUGAGGAAGGACCCCUUCCACCAGGUGCUGACGGAGCAGGGCUGUGUGUACCAGGAGAGACACGGCUGGGAGAGACCGGGCUGGUUCAGCAAGGACGGCCCUGCGCCUGUUCUGAGCUACGAUUACUACGGCGCCUACGACGGCCCGAAGAACACGGACGACAAGUACAGAGCCCUGCUGGGCAAGGAGUACACCUUCGACUUCCCCUCCCAUCACCACGUGCUUAAGGACGAGUGCAUGACGUGUCGUCAGGGCGUGGCCGUGUUCAACAUGUCCUACUUUGGCAAGUUCUACCUCAGCGGACCCGACGCCAAGCAGGCCGCCGAUUGGCUGUUCACCGCCGACGUCAACAAGAAGCCAGGCUCUACAGUGUACACCUGCAUGCUGAACAAAAGCGGGGGGACGGAGGCCGACAUGACGGUGAGCCGGCUGGAGCCGGGGGCUGCCAACCUGCCCCUGGCACCCGAGUCAAACGGCGACACAUACUACCUGGCCAUCGGCGGGGGCGUGGCCGAGCACAACUGGAACCACAUCCGAACGGUCCUGCAGGACCAGGGCUUCACCUGCACGCUGGUGGACCACUCGGAGGACAUGGGCAUGCUGAGCAUCCAGGGGCCCAAGAGUCGUGAGGUGCUACAGGAGGUGUUGGACACAGACCUGAGCAACCAGGCCUUUCCCUUCUCUACGCACAAGGUUGUGAAUGCUGCUGGACACCAGGUCAGAGCCAUGCGUCUGUCCUUCGUCGGGGAGCUGGGCUGGGAGCUCCACAUCCCCCGGGACUCCUGCCUGCCCGUCUACAACGCCGUCAUGGCCGCCGGCGCCAAGCACGGCAUCAUCAACUCGGGCUACAGAGCCAUCGACUCGCUCAGCAUAGAGAAAGGGUACAGACAUUGGCACGCUGACCUGCGACCCGAUGACACGCCCCUGGAGGCGGGCCUGGCUUUCACCUGUAAGAUGAAGAGUUCCAUUCCUUUCCUGGGCCGCGAUAGGUUGGAGUUGCAGAAGAAGGAGGGGCUAAAGAGGCGAAUCGUGUGCUUCACCAUCGACGAGAAAAUUCCGCUGUUCGGCCUUGAGGCGGUAUACCGUAACGGCGUUCCCGUCGGUCACAUCCGGCGCUCCGACUACGGCUUCUUCGUCGACAAGACCAUUGCAUACGGAUACAUCCGGAACCCUGACGGAGUGGCAAACCCUGACUUUGUGAGGAGCGGUGACUUCACACUGGAGAGGAUGGGCGUGACCUACCAGGCUAAAGCCCAUCUCAAGUCUCCCUUUGACCCUGAGAACAAGCGUGUGAAGGGCAUUUAUGAUUGAGGCGCCCUUAUAAGGAGCAGGGGCGGAACAGUGAAUGUGGCCAUGCCCACUUUGCCUCCUCUGGGACGGAAGGUUGACAUUCAGGUGCAGUUGGUCCUGUGAAUGGAUCGGCUUAUAAUGGCCAAUGAAAACCAACGCAUGGUUGAUUUUAAUUGGGUAUCUGCCCAUAAUGCCAAAUGUGCAAUGCAUAUAUUGUCAGGAUGCCUUUCAUAGAGACGAGCAUAGUGGAUAAUAUGCUCGUCUUUGACACACUACUGACAUGUAUUGUGUCAGAAAUGAUAUGUGAUGAAGCAUUUUGGCAGGAGGACGAUAUAGCAAUCCCAUUUUUUUAAUGUUAAUUGCAACCACUUCUACCUGAGAUAAUCAUCCUCAAUGGAAAGUAAUAAUAUUAUAUACUUGGUAUGCAGCCCACGUGUAUGUUUGCAAACAGUCCAAAUCUAUAAUUUGGUAUACAUAAAUACAUAGAACGCACCAGAUAAGCUACAACGAUUGCUUCUGUUAAUUUCAGCAGUGUCAUGUGAUUCAGUUUACUUACUAAUUUAUAGUGGAUUGUGAACUUGAAAGUCUACCAUAGAGGUAAACGCAUUCUUAAAAUCUCAAACCAAUGUCUUAACUACUUCCAUGAAAUUAUAAAUACACUUAAGGGUAAUUUAUUAUAAGUAUAGCUUUCAGGUUUCAUUUUGCAUAAUAGGGGUUGAUGUGCUGGACCUUUUGACUGUGUGUUUUAAAUAGUAUAAUUCUAUGUUCUCGCUUGAAUAAUGGAGAUUCAUGGCAAGUGGUGUGUUGGUGAAAGUUCGUCAGUCACAAAACAGUUGCUAAGAAUGAAGCGUAACUUGGGUCACAAUGACGGAUGUAAAAUAUAAGUCACGAACCGUCCUGUUUUUCUAAUGUUCUGCAAGCGUUUCUGUACAUAAUAAAUAUCAAUCGGUGCUGUUUCAAUAAAUACAUAACAAAAAUGAAAA